AUGGAACCCCCGGAAGAGGCCGAAGAGACACCGCAGACAAAGCUUGAGUCCGAGAAGCCUGCUCCAGUUUCUUCCAGGCCACCAACACCACCAUCAUUUGGACCGGCUUACAGCAAUUUCCAAGUUGACUCUUUUAAAUUGAUGGAGCUUCUUGGACCAGAGAAGGUUGAUCCUGCAGAUGUAAAGCUCGUUAAGGACAAGCUCUUCAGGUAUUCUACAUUCUGGGUGACCGAAGAAGAGCCUUUUGGAGACCUUGGUGAGGGUGUUCUUUUUGUUGGGAAUUUAAGGGGGAACAGAGAAGAAGUGUUUGCCAAACUCCAAAGUCAGCUGGUUGAGGUCAUUGGGGACAAGUACAACCUUUUUAUGGUGGAAGAUCCUAACUCAGAAGGUCCAGACCCACAUGGAGGGCCACGUGUUAGCUUUGGCCUGCUGCAGAAAGAAGUCUCAGAACCAGGGCCAACAACACUUUGGCAAUAUGUAAUAGCUCUCUUGUUAUUCCUUAUUACAAUUGGCUCUUCUGUGGAAUUAGGAAUUGCAUCUCAGAUCAAUAGUCUUCCACCAGAGGUGGUGAAAUAUUUCACAGAUCCAAAUGCAGUUGAGGCACCAGAUAUGGAGCUGUUAUUCCCAUUUGUUGAUUCUGCUUUUCCCUUAGCAUAUGGUGUGUUGGGGGUUCUGCUAUUCCAUGAAGUUGGGCACUUUCUGGCUGUAUUUCCCAAAAAAGUAACACUUACCAUUCCUUACUUCAUUCCUAAUAUCACCCUCGGAAGUUUUGGUGCUAUCACUCAGGUAUAUAUUAUAGACUAUGGUCUUGCAAAAAAGUAUAGCGAUCUUCAGACGUACAAGCACAUUCCAUACAGAGCUGAAAUGCAGCUGAUGGCUCCCUCCAUGGAAAACUUACUCAAGAAUCCUCCCCGAGUUAAAAGUGGAAAAAGGGGUCGAAGCAAAGAAGACGAAAGCAAAAUACCUCCACCUCCUCCCAAGACCCUCUGUGGUGACAUAUAUUAUUUUCAUCAUGUAGGGUCUGCUUGGAGUCUUCCAAUUUUUGGAGCAAAUCAAUGGCGUCUCAGCUGUAGUGAAAAGAGCAUGACUGAAGCUAAGAAAGCUCAAGGCAAGGCAAAGUGUAAAGUCCAAUCACUGAAGAAGGCUUUGGAAGAUGCUCAAAGCUAA